GGGGUCCCGGUGCUGUGCUUGCGCCCCUAGCGCGCCAGUCCCGGGGCUGCAGGGAGCGCAGAGCGCGCGACCCGGGCCCCGGCCACCGGAUGCCCUACCGGACACGACCCUCCCCGGAGCUUGGACAACUGCCCACCUCGGACACUGCACCGGACACUGACCCCCACAGGGCUGGACACUACAACGGACACUACUUCCCAGCUCCGGACAUUGCGCUCUCCUCGCCCCCACCCCGGCCCUGGACUCUCUUCCCCCUCCCCCUCCGGGGGCCAGAUACCAAGCCCCCCGCAGGCUCUAUCUAGCGUCCCCUUACAUCCCUGUGCAGGACACUGCUCUCUUCCCUAUUGCUCUCUGCCUCCCUCUUCCCUUCCUCCCGCCCCUGGUUUCUCCCGCCCGAGUCGGAGCCCCGCCAGUUUCUUCGACCCCCUGCUGCUUGGCCCCGGCUGCAAGCGCUCCGGUCCCAAGUCGGUCGCCCGGAUGCCUCUCCCUGGGGGACUGUGGUGGCUUCUCUGCUGCCGUCGAGGCUUCACUCUUCUGCACCGGGACUACGGGGACGGCGAGCUUAGCGGAGACGGGGACGAGGACGAGGACGAGGAGACCUUUGAGCUACGGACCUCGAAUCCAGCGGGCGGAGGGAGGGGCCCACUGGACGUGACGCUGACUCAGCCGGUGAGGACCGGGCCGGUCCCCGACAGGCUGCCGAGCUCAGAUGAGACGCGGAGCCUCAUUCCGGAGAAGGGGCCGCCAGAGGAUGACCCGGAUGUCGUCGUAAAAGGUUGGCUGUACCGCGAACCCCGCGGAGGAGGGGCGCGGCCUUGGCUGCCCCCGCGCAGGGCCUGGUUUGUGCUCACCCGGGACUCCCUGGACCAGUUCAGCAGCAGUGGGAAGGGGGCGCGGCGCCUCGGGAGCCUGGUGCUCACCAGUCUGUGCUCUGUGACCGGCCCGGAGCGCAAGCCCAAGGAGACCGGUCUGUGGUCAGUGACCGUGUCUGGCCGGAAGCAUAGCGUCCGUCUCUGCUCUUCGCGACAGGCUGAGGCGGAGCGCUGGGGAGUGGCGCUUCGCGAAGUGAUUUCUGCCAAGGCCCCGUUGGAAACCCCCACCCAGCUACUGCUCAGAGAUAUUCAGGAAAGUUGUGGGGACCCUGAAGCUGUGGCCCUCAUUUAUCGGCGAAACCCUAUUCUGAGACACACGAGUGGGGCCUUAUACGCCCCCCUCCUGCCCCUGCCCUACGGAGUGAACGCCCCAGGUCCCGGCUAUGCACCCCUGCGGGAAGAGGCGGUUCGGCUGUUCUUGGCGCUACAGGCACUGGAGGGGGCACGGCGCCCCGGGCCCCUGAUGCAGGGUGUGCUCCAGACUUGCAGAGACUUGCCUGCACUCCAGGAUGAACUCUUCCUACAGCUGGCUAAGCAGACCUCGGGCCCCACCGGCCCUCCUGGCCCCCCUUCCACCCAAGACCCCUCGGCCCUGCGGUACUGGCAGCUCCUCACUUGCAUGAGCUGCACUUUUCGACCUGGAGGAGCUGUCCGGGGUCACCUCUUGGGGCACUUGGAGAGGACCGAGCAGGCGCUCCCGGAUUCGGAGCUGGCCAAAUAUGCGCGCUUUAUCCGGAGAGCGCUGGGCCGGACGCGCGGCCGAGAGCUGGUGCCGUCGCUGGCGGAGAUUUCCGCGCUGAGCCGGCUGCAGGAGUUGCUGUGCACGGUUCACUGUCCCGGAGCUGGCGCCUGCCCGGUGGCCAUUGACUCCCACACCACAGCUGGGGAGGUGGCGCAAGAGCUAGUAGGGCGACUGGGCUUGGCCCGGAGCCGCAACGCAUUCGCGUUGUAUGAGCAGCGAGGGACACAGGAGCGAGCCCUGGCUGGGGGGACUCUCGUGGCCGACGUACUCACCAGGUUUGAGAAUUUGGCCGCGGAGGAAGCCGAGCUGGAGGACGCACCAGACUCUGGCUGGAAACUGUGUCUGCGUCUUCACGGACCUCUGCGCCCUGAGGGGCUGUCCCCAGACGGUCACGAACUGCCUUUUCUCUUUGAGCAGGCUCACGCUCUGCUACUGCGCGGCCGGCCGCCCCCUCCCGACGACACUAUGCGCGCCCUGGCGGCGCUGCGCCUGCAGAGCCUGCACCCGGACUUCUCCCCAAGGGCGCCCCUUCAGCGCCUGGACCGCCUGCUGCCGUCCCCAGCCCCGCCGCGGGAAGACCCUGCCCGAACCGCUCCCAGGCCACUCCCCUCCGCCGCCCUGCUGGCCGGGGCACUCUGGAGCCCCGGCCUGGCCAAGAGACGGGCAGAGCGGGCUUGGCGCAGCGGGGCGGGCCGCACAGCAGGAAGCGGGGCCCGUGAUGGAGGCGGCAGCGCCGGCACCGCAGCUGCUGUGCUGGGUGGCUGGAAGCGGCUUCGGGGCAUGGGCCGAGCUGAGGCCAUGGCUACCUACCUGGCUCUGGCUGCGCAGUGUCCGGGGUUCGGCGCUGCUCGGUAUGACGUUCUGGAGCUGAGCACGGAACCUGGUGGAGGCACUCCACAGAAGCUAUGCUUGGGCCUGGGAGCCAAGGCCAUGUCCCUCUCCCGACCUGGUGAGACAGAGCCCAUCCACAGUGUCAGCUAUGGCCAUGUGGCCGCCUGCCAGCUGAUGGGUCCCCAUACUCUGGCACUGAGGGUGGGAGAGAGCCAACUCCUUCUGCAGAGUCCCCAGGUGGAAGAGAUCAUGCAGCUGGUGAAUGCCUACUUGGCUAACCCCUCCCCUGAGAGGCCCUGCAGCAGCCCUUAUCCUCCAUGCCAAGAUCUGCCAGACAUCUCCCUUCCCAGCCAGCAGUCAGGCCUGGAUGAGCCCCAGGGACAGUCUGGCUGUUUGGGGCAGCUGCAGGACUGAGCCUGCCAAGAGGUUGUGACCUCCCUUCUGCCUCCAGCCUGGACCUGGACUGCUGUGAGAUUUGAGGAAACCAUGGAGCCUUUUGGCCCUGCAGGGACAGGGCAUACCCCCACACCCAAGGGCUGCAAUGAGUGUGGACACUUUUCUAGUUUGUUUCUUAAUUUAUUUGUAGAAAAGAAGCAAAAAAAAAUCCUUAUUUACACAAAA